AUGGCUUUCGUGAUCGGCCUCCUUUUAUCUCGCGAAACUGCUUGGAUUGCUGGGCAAGUUGGAGUCCCCGCAGACGAGUCGUGCCGAUCCCAUGGGGGCGAGCGACAUGAUCAGCCACUGAACCACGCCAGCGGUCUCCGCGUCCCCUGGAAGGCUUGGGGGAAAUCUGGUCUUAGAACGUCUUCGAAGUUCGAACAAUCGUCAAGAGGACUGAUUUUGAUUCCUGGUAGUUGGGAUUCCACGGUUUAUAAGUUAUACUCCGCGACUUUCUCCGCUAGUCUAGUUAAUGGUGCCGGCACCUUGGCUAUAUGCGACCGUACUCUGCAGGCGUUUAUCCGGUGGUUCAUCGACUGUCCAAAUUGGAUCAUUUGA